CCACGCCCUCACUUGACGUCGUCCACGCAUAUAGGCUUGCAUUUUCCUAAAAGAUGAAGAUUGUCACGAAGGAAGAGCAGGAUGCGCAGAUGCGCGCGACGAUCGUCGGAGGCGCGAAGGGUUUCGCGGGUGGCCUUGCCGUUGCCCUUCCUCUCUCGUACCUCCUGAAUCGCCGCGUCCAGCACUACCGCCAUCUUCCGCCCUCCCUGAAAGCUUUUGGCGUCAUCCUCAUCGCCGUCCCUUCGUUCGUUAUCAAUGCAGAGCACGCUGGCCUCAAUUAUGAAAAACAGAACUGGCACGACCUCGGGAAGGAAGAAAUGGAUGUGAAGCAGGCACGCGAGCAGCUACGAUGGGAAUCGUUGACCUGGACACAGAAGAUCCGCGACAGUGCCGCGAGACACGAGUACGGGUUCAUUGGCGGCGCAUGGGCGGCGACCAUGGUGGGCGCGUUCGGGUACAUCAUGCGGAACCCAUACCAGACGCUGCCGCAGAAGGUUGUCCAAGCGCGUAUGUGGGCGCAGGGCUUGACUAUUGGUGUGCUGAUCGCGGCGGGCGCCCUCACGCACGCAAGAAAAGCGAAGGAAGUAGAUGAGUUCGGUCACCGCCACAUAGAGCCUGAUCACUCGUGGCGAGACAUCGUUGCCCAAGAAGAGAAGCACCUCAAGGAACAGCAGCCGAACAAGAGUAUUUGAAAACGGCCGUCGAGGAAUGUACAAUGCCAAUUCCCUGAUUCUGAGCUCAUGUAGUGCAAGUCGCAACGACUCACGAUAGCUGCGAAGCUUCAGUUGAGCCGUUGUGUCGCCUGACCAGUACUUGUUAUCUUAUUACAACACAGCUGAGUGGACUUCUUGUGCACAUCUCCAGG